AUGGCAGAAAAUACUCAGAUAUACUCAGCCAAAUACUCCAAUGUUCCAGUGUUUGAAUUUGUCACCCUGGAGGGCCCCAUAAUGCGACGGAAACUGGACUCUUGGAUAAAUGCAACGCAUAUACUUAAGAUUGCCAAAUUACCAAAGGCAAAGAGAACAAGGAUCUUGGAGAAGGAUGUACAAACCGGAAUCCACGAGAAAGUGCAGGGAGGAUAUGGUAAGUAUCAGGGAACUUAUGUCCCAUUAGAAUUGGGUGAGAUCAUUGCAAGAAACUAUGAUGUCUACGAGGUAUUAAAACCUAUAUUUCAAUUUCGAUAUGUGGAAGGGGAAACAGAAACUCCACCUCCAGCACCAAAGCACAAUCAUGCAAGUGCAUUGAAUAUAGAGAAACGACAAGCAAUGUUGAGUCGGCGAGAUCCACUUUUGAAGCAGCAGCGCUCAAGAACAACUCCAGCAACAACCUCGACCCAACCAAAAUUAAAGAGGUCUGCUACUGCUGCUGCUGCUACAGGAAGUAAAGAAAAUAGGGACGAGCCAAAGAAACGCGGUCGACCCAAGGGCUCCACUUUGAGCUCAACACCAAGCUUGAAACACUCAGACACGGUGCCAAUAUCUCAAGGAUACAGUAAUGGAAGAAAUUCAUUUGCCGGUGGUGUUAUGCCGGCAAUAUCAAGACAGAAUACGGAACAUGAUGCAGUGCAAAUGAUGGCAUCUAAUAUGAAUUUGAGACAGGAUGAUUUAAGAUCAGUGGGUACAGAUGAAGAUAUUGAUGACGAAAAAAUGGAAGCUGGGGAUGGAAACGGCAAUAUGAAUGAUGCUGGUACAAGGGCAACACGGAUGGGCGUUAGUGAAUACGAUACUCAAGCUGACCUCCUCACUAGUAAAGAAUUAUUUGGUGUUUCACGAAACACGCAAGAGAAGAAUCUACAAAACUUACAAAGAGGUCACCAGCUACAACAAUAUCCCAAUGAGUUACCGUUGCUGCGAUACCAUCAACCGAGCAUCAAUUUAUCGCAAGAAAAUCAAGUUCACAAUGAGUACUUUGCCAAUUUGUUAUCUUAUUUUCUUGAGGACGAUAAAUUGAAAUUGGAUAGAAUCCCAGAGAAGUUCUUGACACCACCUGAACCAAUAGCCAAAAUUCACAUCAACCAGGCAAUUGAUAACGACAGCAAUACGAUUUUCCACUGGGCGUGCUCUUUGGGUAAUCUCACCAUGAUCAAGUUUUUGAUUGAUAAGUUUAAGAGUGAAAUCACUUUUGAUAUUCGAAAUAAUUAUGGAGAAACACCUCUAAUGUUCCUUGUCAAAUUCAACAACUGUUACCAAUUGGGUGCAUUUGAAGAAAUCCUGGAUAUCUUAUAUAACUCAUUGAUUUACGUUGAUGCCAAUGGCAAAACAGUAUUACACCAUAUUGUUGAAAAUAAAAAGGAACGAGUUGCAGCAUACUAUUUGGAAGUGUUGUUGGGAAAAUUGGUUAAAGGAGAUGUUAAGGAGUUAACAACACUAAUAAACCAUGGAGAUUCUCAAGGGAACACAGCGGUUCAUAUUGCUGCAUUCAAUAUGAACACCAAGCUCAUAAAUAUUUUUUUAAAUUACCACAAAUUUAUUGAUUUUAAAAUCAGAAAUCUUGUUUCAUGCACAGUUGAAGAUUACUUGGCGUCGCACAACUUUGUUCUUCGACUCGACCACGGCGUCGAACAAGAUGAAACAGAAGCAACGGUAAAAAGCGAGACCGCCACAACAAUCAAUGUCAACGAUAGAGAAGGAGCUGAUAUUGGUAUAGGUAUCGGUAAUGGUGAUGAUGUCGAAGGUAUUGAUGAAGAUGUUGAUGUUGUCGUUGUUGCAGAUGAUCAUUACAAUCCUUUACGCACGCAUUCAAUGAAUGUUCACAAUUCCAAACUUGCUCUUAAGUUGAUAGGUAAUGCCGCUAACGAGAUCACUGAAAAGAUGACUCAGCUAUCAUACUUUGUCAACCAAGAUCUAAGUGACAAAGAUGAGCUCAUGUUGAAUUACUACAAGAUCCUUCAGCGAGCAAAUGAAAUCAAGCUUUCUUCGCAACGUGAGAUUUUAUCAUUAUUCAAAUUGGAACACUUGAUUGACGAUUUGGAAGAAGGUUCCCCACAAAAGAUUGUCAAAACUGAGAGUCUGUUUAGUCAGGAGUCUACUUCAGUUGAAAAUGUUGUUGAUGGGUACAAUCUCAUACAGGAAAAAACUCGGAUUUUGCAGGAAGAGAUUUAUCGUUUAACCAAUGACUUGACAUUCCAGAUUCUUCAUAAGGGCGAGGAGUUGUUUCAAAUACUUCGAAAGUAUAAGAAUUUACGUGAGUUUAAUUAUGCGCGGGAUUUGGAAAUAAUAGCUACAAAUUUAGCUAAUGGCAACAACUUCAGUAGCAGCAGCGGCAGCAGCAGCGGCAGCAGCAGCAGCAAGAACACUGGUAAUAACGAUUGUAGAGAUGAGCCUAACUUUAUUAAUGAAUCAUUGCCAGAUGAUCAAUUUGAGCUUGCAAAGUUGCUACAAUUGGAAAUUAUAAAGAAGAAGGAAUUAAUGAAGAAAAUUAUGGCAGAAACUAGUCAUGUACCAUUACCAAUGCAGUCAACUUCAACUUCAAUAUCACCAUUAUUAACAUCGGGCUCACCAGCAAAUGGCUCUUUAGAAGAACGCAAAGACAAAUCAAUUAUUAAAAAAUACGCUGCCGAUCAGGAAAAUCUCUUGAUCAAGUAUUGUAAAUUGAUUUCACUAAGUUGUGGUAUGGAAUUUGACGAGAUUGAAAAUAGCAUAGAUUUGAUUGAGGAAAGUUUACUGACCCGAUCAUAA